AUGAAUACCACUGACAGAUACGAGGAUACAUUCCCUUGGGUUAGCCUCUGUGGUAUCGAAAGAAACUAUUUGAGAUGUGACGAUACUCCUCUGGUUUACACAGAAUUGGAUCCAACACAAACGUCACUUCGAAUCGGGCAAUCAACCUUGCUAUAUCCUUUUCAGCCGUCAACAUUACUGAUGGAAUCAACAGGGCGAGUAUAUCACAAGAGCAUAAUUGGUGAAAAUGCUCUCAUGGCUGAUAAGCUCACUGACAAACUGUAUCAUCGAUUUCAGUUGGAUGUCAAUGGAAAUCCGGUUGGAUUCAAAUGGAAUAAUGAGAUCAUUAAGCUGAAUAAUCAAAAAUAG